AUGUACUUCCGUAGCAAGUGGGCUCUUAGCUUCAUUAGCUCGGAUUUGACUGUUGCCAACAUGGAAAAUUACGUCCAUGUUGAUGAGAAAUGGUUCUUCCUCAAAGUUGCCAAAUGCACGUUUUACGGUGUAACCGGCGAAACUCCACCGCCCCGUGUCGUAAAGAACAAGAACUUCAUCAUCAAGGUAAUAGUGCUCUCACACAUGCACGAUACCAACUUUUACAACAAAAUUAACAAUAUAUCCAACAACACAUAA